AUGUCGACAAACUUGAUAAAAAGCAUGUUCACAAAAAGAGUAUCAUUGAAACCGCUAACACAAUAUAGGUAUGGUCAUAUUAUAGCCGUUCAUAGGGAUACUAAGUAUAACAAUUCUAAAAUUCCGUUUAAGUUUACUAAAAGCAACUUGGAACGUGCAAAGGCAAUUGUCGCUAAAUAUCCUUCGCAAUAUAAAAAAGCUGCUGUGAUGCCCCUUCUAGAUUUGGGACAAAGGCAGCUGGGCUUUACAUCGAUUUCAGUAAUGAAUUAUGUGGCAGAACUCUUGGAUAUGCCUCCAAUGAGGGUUUAUGAAGUGGCUUCAUUUUAUACGAUGUAUCACAGAAAACCUGUUGGAAAGUAUCAUGUUCAGGUUUGUAUGACUACGCCAUGUCAGCUUUGUGGUGCUAAUAAUCUCAUGGAUACCGUUGUUAGUUAUCUAGGCAUUAAACCAGGUCAGGUGACUUCAGAUGGGUUUUUCAGUUUGGAAGAAGUUGAAUGUUUAGGUGCUUGUGUGAAUGCACCAAUGAUGCAGAUUAAUGAUGAUUACUUUGAAGAUUUGGACUCCAAAGAAAAGGUUGUUAAAAUUUUGGAUGACCUAAAGUUGAAUAAGCACCCUACAAUUGGAACUACCAAGAGAGCUACCUGUGAGCCAUUUUCCGGACCAAAGGUUCUUAAAGGUGAGCCAUUAGAUGUCAGAAAUGUCACCAGAAAGGACAUAUGA